AUGUCUGGUGGCACUGGUGGUAUGGGAGGUGGACGCGGACAUCAAGCGGGCGUCACGGUUAGAACCCACACCACCACAGUGUCCAGCGGGCCGGAAGAAGGUGAGGUGCCAGAGGUCCCUCCGUCCCCUCUGGACAUCGAGGGGCCCCCGGCGUACACGGUACGUUCCAUCCUGGACUCUAGACGCCGGGUAUUUGCAAAAGGCUACCCCAACCUGGCCUUCCAUGAGGAUACGAAGCCUCAGGAGCGGAUGACAGAGGGGCAGCCAACCGUUGGCACGGAGCGCAAGCCAAAGAAGGGCCUCGGAAGGAAGAAAAAAGAACCAGCAAAAGCAGUGGGAUUUUUCCAGUUGUUCCGCUACGCUACUGGUUGUGAGGUGCUCCUAAUGAUAAUCGGCCUGCUAUGUGCUGCUCUCCACGGGAUAGCCCUGCCCCUUAUGUGUGUUGUGUUUGGACAGAUGACCGACAGCUUUGUACAAAGUGGACAGCAGCUCAACCUUACAGUUCCUUGGACUUCAUGGUAUAAUUUCUGCUCUGACGUGCACUGUCAACUGAGGGACCCGCUCACCUUACAUGCCUAUUACUUCAUCGGGAUCGGUUGUGCUGUGUUCCUGCUGGGGACCUUUCAGGUGAUGUUGUUCUUGCUGACAGCCACCAAACAGACCAAACGGAUCCGGGAGAAAUACUUCCAUGCCAUCCUCCACCAACAGAUGUCCUGGUUUGAUACACACCAGAUAGGAGUUCUCAACGUCAGGUUGACAGAUGACAUCAACACAAUCAACGAAGGCCUUGGAGACAAGAUCUGUGUGUUCGUGCAGUUCUUCUGCACCUUCUUGUCAGGGUUCAUCAUUGGUUUCAUCUUCGGCUGGAAGCUGACACUCGUCAUCCUGGCCGUCAGUCCUCUCCUGGCAGGAUCAGCUGCCGUCUGGUCCAAAAUACUUGCCACCCUGACCAGUAAGGAGCUGUCUGCCUAUGCCAAAGCAGGGGUGGUAGCUGAAGAGAUACUGGUGGCUAUCAGGACAGUUGUGGCUUUCAAUGGGCAGAAGAAAGCUGUGGAAAGGUAUGAAAACAACUUGGAGGAUGCUAAAAACUUUGGAAUAAAGAAGGCCAUCACCACUAACGUGGCCAUGGGCUUCACCCAGUUUGUCAUAUUUGGGACGUACGCCUUGGCUUUCUGGUACGGGACCAAGCUCUCUGUAGACGAGCCUGAAAACUACACCAUUGGAAAAACCAUUACAGUCUUCUUCUCAGUGAUGAUUGGGUCGUUCUCUUUGGGCCAGGGUGCGCCUAACUUGGAAGCCAUCGCCAAAGCCCGGGGUGCUGCCUAUGAAGUCUACAAUACCAUUGACCAGCCGCGGCCCAUAGACAGCAGUUCAAAGGAAGGUCACAAACCAGACUGUGUGAAAGGAGACAUUGAAUUCAAGAACAUCCACUUCAGCUACCCCUCCAGGAAAGAUGUCAAAAUUCUUCAGGGAGUGAAUCUGACAGUUCCUCGUGGGAAGACCAUAGCUCUGGUUGGAGCCAGUGGAUGUGGGAAGAGCACCACCAUUCAGCUGCUGCAGCGCUUUUAUGAUCCAGACUCAGGAGAGAUUACCCUGGAUGGUCGGGACAUCCGGACCCUGAAUGUGAAGUGGCUGAGGGAGAAUAUGGGUAUCGUCAGUCAGGAACCUGUGCUAUUCGGAACAACCAUCGCAGAAAACAUCCGCUACGGCAGAGAGGAUGCCACAGAUGAGGACAUCGAACGGGCCGUGAGAGAGGCCAACGCAUACGACUUCAUCUCCAAACUCCCCGAUAAGCUGAACACCAUGGUGGGGGAACGGGGAGCCCAGCUCAGUGGAGGACAGAAGCAGAGGAUAGCUAUCGCCCGGGCCCUGGUCAAAAACCCGAAGAUCCUCCUGCUGGACGAGGCCACCUCCGCCCUGGACACCCAGAGUGAGUCGGUCGUCCAGGCCGCUCUGGAUAAGGCCAGGGCGGGCCGCACCACGAUAGUGAUCGCCCACCGCCUGUCCACCAUCAGAACAGCUGACGUGAUCGCUGGCUUCAGCAACGGAGAGGUGGUGGAGCAGGGAACACACAGGGAACUCAUGGCCAGGAAGGGGGUCUACUACUCUCUGGUCAUGCAGCAGAGUCAAGGGAAGCUAGAGGAAGAUGAAGAGGACCCUGUGGAAGAGGAUAACCCUCCUAAAUAUGAGGAUCUAGAUGAUGUCCUAUAUGACUCAUCUGACAUGGAUGAGCUGGAAGUGGUAAACGAGGAAGGAAUAGAAAACGGCGGCUUUGAAAGGAACUCAAUCAGCAGUGGCCGUGUGGAAAUGAAACCGACCAGGAGGAAAUCUAAGAAGUCCAAGAAAGACAAGAAGGAAAAGAAACCAGAGGAAGCUCCAGACAUCCCCUUCACCAGAAUCCUGGCCUUGAACAAGCCCGAGUGGCCGUACAUGUUGGUAGGAACCCUGUCUAGCUUGGUGGGGGGAGCCGUUUAUCCCUGUGUCGCCAUCAUCUUCGCCAAGAUCAUUGGAGUGUUUUCCGAGGUUGACCCGGAAGUCAAACGACAGAAAACCAUGAUGUUUUCCCUGCUCUUCCUUCUCAUCGGAGGAGUGGCUUUUGUCACCUACUUCCUAAAGGGUUACAUGUUUGGAAAAUCAGGAGAGCUUCUUACCAUGAGGCUGAGGAGGCAGGUAUUCCAUGCCAUGAUGAGACAGGAGAUUGGAUGGUUUGAUGACAACAACAAUGCAGUGGGAGUUCUAACCACCAGAUUGGCCACAGAUGCAUCUCUGGUUAAAGGGGCGACUGGGUCUAGGUUGGGUCUGGCCACCAACACAGUCUGUGCUCUCACCAUGGCCAUUGUGGUGGCCUUCAUCCACAGCUGGCAGCUCACCCUCGUCAUCCUCGCCUGUGUGCCCUUCCUCAUUGGAGCCAAAAUCAUUCAGAGAAGGGCCAUGGCAGGCCACGCCUCCAAAGACCAGGGUGCCCUGGAGCAGUCUGGGAAGAUAUCUACUGAGACCGUUGAAAACUUCAAGACAGUUGUUGGAUUGACACGGGAGGACGUCUUCUUUCACAAGUUCAUGGACAGUCUAGAAAGACCAUACCAGAACGGUUUGGUGAAGGCUCCCAUCUACGGACUAACAUUUGCCGUUGCCCAAGCAAUCCCUUACAUGGUCAAGGCUGCAAUCUUCCGCUUUGGGUCCUGGCUUAUUGCUCACUGCCACACAGAAUAUGAAAAUGUUUUCCUUGUGUUUUCUGUGAUCACAUUUGCUGCCAUGAACAUAGGAGAAUCAGCAUCUUUUGCUCCUGACUUUGCCAAAGCGAAAGCAGCUGCUGGGAGAAUUCUUGGCUUGUUGGAGAAGAAACCAGAGAUUGACAUUUACAGUGAGGAGGGAGAGAAGCCAACGGACUUUGUCGGGGACAUUGAGUUCCGAGGGAUCCACUUUGCGUACCCGACCCGUCAGAACGUGAGGGUUCUCCAGGGGUUGAGCGUGUCAGUGGGGCCUGGUCAGACCCUGGCCCUGGUCGGGGAGAGUGGCUGUGGGAAAAGCACCUCCAUACAACUACUGGAGCGUUUCUAUAGCCCUGCUGAAGGAGAAGUGUUAGUGGAUGGGUUGGAUACUAAGACCCUGAACCUGUCGUGGCUGAGGUCUCAGCUGGGCCUGGUGUCCCAGGAGCCCAUCCUGUUCGACUGCAGCAUCUCAGAGAACAUCCAGUACGGGGACAACAGCAGAGAGGUCUCCCAGGAUGAGAUAGAGGAGGCAGCCAAGAACGCCAACAUCCAUGACUUCAUCAUGGGCCUGCCAGAGAAAUACAAUACCAGGGUUGGGGACAAGGGGACCCAGAUGUCUGGAGGUCAGAAACAGAGGAUAGCCAUUGCCAGAGCACUGGUCAGGCAGCCUAAAGUACUGCUGCUGGAUGAAGCCACUUCCGCCCUGGACACAGAGAGUGAGAAGAUUGUCCAACAGGCUUUAGACGCCGCCCGGCAGGGCCGCACCUGCAUCGUGAUCGCCCACCGCCUGUCUACCAUCCAGAACGCAGACCAGAUAGCGGUAAUUCAGUAUGGUCAGGUGACAGAGCAGGGUACACAUACUGACCUCAUGGCUAAAGGGGGGGCUUACUAUGCCCUGGUCAACGCACAGGUCACCCACUAA